AUGUCAUCUCAAGUCGUCGAUCCAAACUCCACCGCGGAUCGAAUGAAAGUGGAAUGCGCAGGCACUUUUCGAAGGAAGUACUUUCAGUGUGGCAUUUGUGAUCAUCCCCUUAGUGAAUCCGACUACGUCACGUACAAUCUCAUCGUGAGCGGGGUCAUUUUGCCUCUCAUUGGUUUAUUCGGACUCGUUGGAAAUGGCCUUUCUGCGUUUGUUUACAGCAGACCAGAGAUGCGAACGUCAACAAAUCUUUAUUUGUGCGCAUUAGGCUGCUCUGAUAGUGCUGUCAUAUUGACGGGAAUUUUUCUAUUUUUUCUAGACAGCGUACGAAAGUUUUCACUCAACUUAACAAGAUUGUUUGGGUUAUUUUCUCCUAUCGUUUUUCCUAUGGGUAUGACAGCACAGACAUGCUCCGUAUAUUUCACUAUAUUUGCGGGAGCCGAUUGUUUUGCUCAGGUAUGCCUGCCAGAAAAUGUGAAGAGAUCAGUCGCUAGAACGCCGUUUAUUCGCCGUUGCAUUGUUUUCGUGUUUGUAUUUGCUGUUCUCUACAAUAUUCCUCAUUGUUUUGAGGCGGUUGUUAUUGAUUGCUAUCAUGAAACCCUCCGAGGGUCCUCCUGGGAGGUCUGUCCGGAAACGAUGAGAUACAACGAAUUGUAUCAAGAAAUCUACUACAAGUAUAUGUACGCAAUAUUUCUAGCUGUUGGCCCUCUUAUAAUACUUGUUAUAUUGAAUACAUUCAUUAUUGGUGCAUCAAUAUUUGGCACUGGAGGAACAAGUGCUGGAGAUACGAUAUCUUUGAUACUGGUCGUACUCCUGUUUAUUGCUUGUAACGUAGCCGCCCUAUUGCUGAACACUUUUGAAGAUAGAAUAAUCGAGUCAAUUGGGCCGUACAUAAACUACAUCGUUGACCUCUCCAAUUUGCUCGUCGUUUUUAAUUCAAGUUUCAACUUCAUUAUCUACGUGACGUUUUCACGGAGUUUCAAAGAGACGCUUUGUAAAUAUCUGUGUGAUCGUAGCGCUAAGGCAGAUUACGACACACCUUGCAUAGCAACCGAGAAAGCAUCUGGACCGACGUUAUAUAAAGAAACAUUUGGUCGUCUACUUGCUGCUUCUCAACCAGAGAGAAAAAGUUUCCUAAGUUGA